AUGAACGGAUGUCUCUCGGAUGUCUUCGGCACGGAACGGGUCAUAAAUCUCGUUGUUGGAGACUAUUUCAAAGCCGAAUCCCCACUCCUUGCCUAUACAGACCAAGCCAACGAGCUUAUUACCUGGCUGAGAAGUAAGACCAUACUGCUCAACACACUCCGGGAGAAGCAAGAGAGCCUCGGCCAGUGUGUCUUAACCAUUAUCCGUGCGAUCAUCACCAGGUGGACAAUGCACCUACGUGCCUAUGAACACCUCCUCCUCGUGUUUCAGACCCUGCAUCUGAUCAUACUCGAAGAUAUGGCUCGAGCAAAUGAGAAUCAAAAGGUUGUUAUCACAGGUGACACAAAAGCGAAGGCCAAAGCACGCGAAAUGUGUGCCAUUAUCCAGUCAGAUCUAUUCUGGCAGUCACUUGCACGUGUCGUUCGUCAUCUCCAUCCACUGGGAAUUGCUGCCAAUAUUAUACAAUCUGCAUUCUGUCGUCUUGAUAUGGUGAUCCUGACAUUCGGCUCUUUGGUCUACGAGUACAAGCAGAUGACAGACCCUGACGACAUCCCAGGAUGUACAGCAAUUAUUGACAGCAUCGAGCGACGCUGGUCAAAGACUGAUCAGGAACUCUUCAUCGGGGCACUCAUUGUCAACCCCUUAUACCGGCAGGAGCCACUCGCGCACCUUCCCCAUUUUACAAAUGCAUCAAUCAUCUCCCUUCUUGGUCGUCUCUGGAAGAGGUUCAAUAGAGCUGACAGAGUACCAGAUCAAUUCAAGAUCGAAGCAGGAGAGUAUCUCAGUGGUGAAGGAUUGUUCCACAACAUCAACAAGAUGACCCACAUAGAGCGCAAUAAGGUGAAGGAUAGUGAACCUGUGCGCACACCCGAUCCCAUUAAUAUCCUGCGAGGAUAUGGCCACGGACCAUCAUUUGGCCUAUUUGUGACCUUCGCAAUGAGGCUUCUCACAAUCAACGCCAACUCGGCAUCUUGUGAGCGCUUAUUCAGCGUCUAUGGUGCCAUUCUCACGGACAAGCGGAAUCGGCUUCUAUUGGACAACAUGAGGAACCAGGCUGAAUUGAAGGCACAAAUUCGGGAUGAGCACCAGAAGGACGGGACUGCAAAAAAGCGCCUCCAUGAGCGUUUUCAGAGCCACAAGCAAUCAAGUCGCGCAGCAGAGAAGGCCCCUGCGAGCAGAGGGGCAGAUUCAGGAGUUGAUACAGCUCGAUACCAGGUACCCACUGGAUCCAGCACUUCGCAACCGGCCCCUAGAGUGGUGUCUGUGGUUGGAGAAUCAGAGCAGAUGGAAGUAGACGACGUGCGAGAACCAGCAGCACCUUUGCCACCACCAAAUACGCUUCGCAAUUUUGUUGAGAUACAGCAAAGAAGAGUAACGAAUGAUGACACCGAUAAUGAUCCUCUUUUUUCUCCUAAUACUGUUUCCAGAGCUUCCUCAAAUCAUUCUGCUGCUACUUUGGCCCCGUCUCCAUCAACCGUGACAGCCUCUCCAGGUCCAAUUCUAUCAACUGCUGCAGGCUCUAAUGCACAAUCAUCGUCAAGAUCCCAGGUCGAGAUGCGACUACCCCUUCUCCCAAUUGCAACAAUUUUUAACUUCGAGAACACCUACUGGAAGAAAACCUUCGACUCGAUGACAAUAUUGACGUUUGACCAAGAGCUGGAAUUGUUUGAGUUGCUUGAUCUUGAUGCAGAUGGGGAGGAUGCGGGCGUAGAUGUCGAUGAGAGCACGGGAGAGGUUCUUUUAGCCCACCAGCCCACAAUCAUGGCCGACAACGACAAUUUGAUUGCGCCGCCGCCCACCUCAAUUCCUCCUACCACGAACCGGAAUCUGGUACCUCCUGACACUCCCCGACACGAUCGAAUGUCGUCCACCGAGCCCCUCACGUCUACAGCUUUCAUCAAGGACGAUGUGUUCAUCGCAGCCGCCAACGAGAUGAAGGGGAAAUUUGUUGGAUUCAUAAAGCCAGAGGUCUUUCUCGACCGCUUUCUACCAAUUUCGGUGAAUGCACCUGCUAUGCCACCAGUCAAUCGCGACAAGUUCGUUCCUAUCGCGCAGUUGCAGAAGGAGCCAGAUAUGUAUGAUCCCUUGAUAAAGGCUCUCGAACCGUUCUGCAAAGACAUCACGUUGGUCAAUACGUCUGCCGUGGAAGAUAAGGGGACUAGAGCCUUGCUUCACCGGAGCGUCAAGCCCGACAUUUCCUGCUAUAAAUCUGAUGAAGUCCCUUCGCGGCCUGACAUCACCUGCGCCCGGAGUAUGCUGAGCUACAUUGAAUUGAAGAACCACGAGCACGACGAACCAUUCGGCGUGGCCAGCAAGGAUCCCAUCGAGCGGACCUCGGACGGCGCACGCGACACGCGAGGGCAACUGGCGACUUACGCCAACGCCAUUCAGGCAACUCAAUUCCGAACUCACGUCCUUUCUGUUGUCAUUAAUCGCUCUCGCUGCCGCUUCAUCCACUGGACUCGAAGCUGCGCCAUCGUCACGGAAGGCUUUGAUUACACCUCGGAAGAUUGGCUUGCGAAGUUCUUUUGGCGCCUCUCUCACGCCGGUGACGUCGCUCGUGGCCUCGAUACGAGUGUUAUUCCGCUGAAUACAGUUUCUGAGGAGACAACACGUGCCCGCCGGGCCCUGGGCAUCACAGAUGAAGUCCCGAUCUUCAAGAUAUCGGUCACCGACGAUCAAACCAAGAAGACCAGCUAUUACAUCGUCAGUGAACCCUUCACGAAAAAUCACGUUCACCCUCUCGGCCGUGGCACGCGGUGUUUUCAAGCUUUCGACUGUCAAACGAAAGCCAUCGUUCUCCUCAAAGAUACAUGGCGGAUCGAGGGGUACGAAAAGGAGGGCGAUAUCUAUCGAGAGCUGCAUAAGCAUGGUGUCUCGUAUAUCGCAGGCCUCGUGGCAGCAGGUGAUGUAGGCGGUGUGACGAAUACCUGCGGCAAGACAAGCGAGACGUGGAAGCAUCGCGUCCACGUUCAUUACCGUCUUGUACUGGACACUGUCGGCUCCCACCUCACCGACUUUGACUCGACCCACGAGAUGGUGACAGCAGUGCACUGCGCACUCAUCGCCCACUUUGAGGCGGUGACCAAGGCGGGAAUACUUCAUCGCGAUGUUUCUGUCGGAAAUAUCAUCAUCACCGAUUCCGGAGGUUUGCUCAUCGACUGGGAGUUCUCCAAGAAGCUGAGCUUAAUAGGGGCGCGAGUCCUCGAGAGAACGGGAACCUGGCAAUUUGUGUCGAUACGUUUACAUGAAGGCCUUGGUAAACUUAUUCACAGGGUCGGUGACGACCUGGAAUCUUUCCUCUGGGUUCUUGUCUGGGUCGCUCUUCGGAACGCCAAAAAUGACAUGACCAUCCCGCAACGAGCACUGUUUCUGCAAGCCUUCGACUACUCUGUUGAUGGAGAGGGUGGAUUGGCAAGGAGGAACUAUAUCCGACAAGAUUACUUGGCGAUCGAGGACGUGAAGCUGGACAACGAGUUCUUUUCGCGGAUUCUCAGCAUUCUUUGGUCGAAAUUUGGUGCUCGGUAUGGUACUACUGCUUUCCGCACGAGGACCGUGUUGCAACAGGACAAGUGGUCGGUGGAGCUGGAAUCACACGAGUGGAUGCUCGGUGAGGUGAAAAAGGCGCUGAAGGACGAGGAGUGGCGCAACUGCGGCCGUGAUGGCUCGGUUAAACAAGAGUAUCAUACCUCCCUUCCUUCAACUAGCCGGAAACGCAAGGGAUCAGACUCGUACCCUGAUCUCCCAAGACAUACACGUCGCCACUGA